AUGUUGAGCGCCCGAAACUCCAACAUUCUCCCCUCAUCCGUGUUUUUUCCAGGACUCGUCCUAGCAGAGCAUGGGGACCAUGGAGGCCAUGACCAUGGAGGACACGACCAUGACCACGGGGGUCAUGACCACCACGAUCAUGACCAUCAUGACCAUCAUCAUGGAGGAUGGGGAGGAGGUCAUGAUCAUGGCAGCGGAGGGGAUAACAAUGGUGGAGGUGGAUGGGGAGGAGGAUACCGCCCGUGGACUGGAUUCGGAGGGAGAGGGUACUACGGUGGAGGUGGUGGCGGUGGUUUAUUAGCUCGUCUGUUCGGUUGGAGAAGACGUCGUCCUUAUUACUAUGGCAACGGAAAUGGAGGAUACUAUGGGGGAUACAGUGGAUACCCGAAUUAUGGAUAUAGUCAAGGAUUCUGUAGAUUAUCUCAAUUUGUCGAUUACGUAGGAAGAACACCUCGUUUCUACUGUGAUUGCCCACCGUAUCCUCCAAGUUAUCAAUGGAAUCAGUGUAGUCCGAUGCCUGUUUAUGGAUGA